AAAAUUUGUCUUCCAUAACCUUGUAAUUCUCAAUCCAUUCAUUACUACAUCAAAUCUUUUGAAUACACAAUCCAAAAAACAUUUACUUUGAAAAGAAAGUGUAGACCUUUAGAUAACUAAAUAGACAUUCGUGCUAUUUCAAUCCCAUUAAAAACAAGAAUAUCAAAAUCAAACCCCUCAAAACUCAACAACCACACCCUUCUUGUUUACAUCUUUGCCUCGUCAUCAAACAAGAAGAAAAGAAGAUACUAGAACCCCUUCCCAAGUUCCUAACCAAUAAUAAAAUAAUCUCAACUAGGACCAUUAUAAUUUUUAAACAAGAAAAAAAAGAAGACAUUUUUACAUCAGAUUUCUGAUGUCUCUGCCACUUUUUUUUUUUUUUUUUUACAAUAGAUCCAAGUACUUGUACAGUAGUGCUAUAUUUACUCAAAAAAAGAAAAAAGAAAAUGAAUGCAGCUGCUAGAGUAAAACUCUCUACCCACCCAUCUCCACAUUCUUUUUUCUUCUCUCGCUUUCCAUAUCCGCUUCUUGCAAUUUUCUCAUAAAAAUUUAAGCUUUUUUUCUUUAUAAAUCUUCAUUUUUAACAGCAUAUAAUAAACUAAUUAUAAAUUCUGGGCAAUAUGAAGAGGAAACCCUAGCUAGUUCUUGGAAAAAACCCUAAUUUGCUUCAACCCUUUUCUUGUUUUUAGUCAAAGACUCAAUUUUUAGCUUGUGGGGUUGUUAGAAAUUGCUUGAAAAUAAGGAUAAUAUGGAAAAUACAGUACCUAGGACUGUAGAAGAAGUAUUCACUGAUUUCAAAGGUCGUAGAGCUGGUCUAAUCAAAGCACUUACUGCAGAUGUUGAGAAGUUUUAUCAGCAGUGUGAUCCUGAAAAGGAGAACUUGUGUCUCUAUGGGCUUCCUAAUGAAACAUGGGAAGUAAACCUCCCUGUGGAGGAGGUGCCUCCAGAACUUCCGGAGCCAGCAUUAGGCAUAAAUUUUGCACGUGAUGGAAUGCAAGAGAAGGACUGGUUAUCACUUGUUGCUGUUCACAGUGAUUCAUGGUUGCUUUCUGUUGCAUUCUACUUUGGUGCACGGUUUGGUUUCGGCAAGAGUGAAAGGAAGAGGCUUUUCCAAAUGAUGAAUGAUCUCCCGACAGUGUUUGAGGUUGUCACUGGAGUUGCUAAGCAGGCACGCGAUGCCACUCACAACAAUAGCAGCAGAAGCAAAUCAAGUGGAAAGUCUCGACAGCCAGAGUCUCAGCCGAAGGCAGCAAAGGUGUCUCCACCUAAAAUGGAGGAUGAAAGUGGGGAGGAGGAGGAGGAAGAAGAAGACGAACAAGGGGCUACUCUCUGUGGAGCUUGUGGUGAUAAUUAUGCCACUGAUGAAUUCUGGAUUUGCUGUGAUAUUUGCGAGAGAUGGUUCCAUGGCAAAUGUGUGAAGAUUACUCCAGCAAAAGCGGAGCAUAUCAAGCAGUACAAGUGUCCUAGUUGCAGUAGCAAGAGAGCUAGAGUUUAAUUUGUUUGUAACUUAGCAUCAAGCAAGUGGUGAUGAUGGAAGGUCUAGGACUUUUAGCUCAGUUAUCAAGUGUCAUCUAUUUCGAAGUUAAAUGUUUGUUGUGGGAUGCCCAUUUCAUGAACAUUUGCUUUCUGUAAUCUUUGCUUUCGGAUUGUAUUUUAGAUUAAUUAAAAUGUGUGCCUGUUAUCA